GCAUCCCUUUUCGGGCCGUGACGUGCCAAUCUCUAACGGCUCGGGUUUCCUGGUGUCUCCGGAUGGGCUCAUUGUGACCAACGCACACGUGGUGGCAAACCGGCGGCGCGUGCGGGUGAAGCUGGCCAGUGGUGAGCAGUAUGACGCUGUGGUGCAGGACGUGGACCAGGUUGCAGACAUCGCUACCAUCAAGAUCAAGCCUAAGCACCCGCUGCCCACCCUGCCCCUUGGGCGCUCCUCCGAGGUGCGGCAGGGAGAGUUCGUGGUGGCCAUGGGCAGCCCGUUCGCCCUGCAGAACCCCAUCACCUCCGGCAUCGUCAGCUCUGCCCAGCGGGGCAGCCGGGAGCUGGGCCUGACCGCCUCUGACAUGGAGUACAUCCAGACUGAUGCUGCUAUUGAUUUUGGGAACUCCGGGGGCCCCCUUGUCAACUUGGAUGGCGAAGUGAUUGGGGUGAACACUAUGAAGGUGACGUCAGGCAUCUCUUUCGCCAUCCCCUCAGACCGGCUGCGGAAGUUCCUGCAAAAGGAGGAGCAGCGCAAAAGCUCUUGGUUUGGCAACACAGAGACAAAGCGCCGUUACAUAGGGGUGAUGAUGCUGACCCUGACACCGAG